CUAAAAGCUCGAAUUAUUAGUGUCUCUUGCCAUCUUUUCGCGACUUCAGCCGGACAUCCGCCUCCGCUCCCCCACUGAGCUCCAUCUCCAGCCGUGUCCAGGUCCGUUUCUCCACAGCCAGCACUCUUUCACGGCCAAGUAUUCCUCCAAAAGCGGAUUUGGGGCCUCCGCUGUCGGUCGUCUCAGUGGUGGUGCUCCUCACAAAGGCGUCAUGUCUGCGGCUCUUGCAGCGGGCGGUUCACAACGGUUCAUGAUUGCGGGGGGAUCCCGAAUCACGUAACAAAUCUCCACGCUUCCACUUACUUCACGGAACUGCGGCCCCGAGUUCACGAAGCGCGCUUCAGCCUGGAGCGAGGGAAGCAAAGUAUUUAAUAACAGAAUUUCCCGCCAUACCCGGCUGGACCUCUUCAAUUCAGACCCAACAGCCCAGGGAUGACUGCCGGCAACAACAAUGGCUGCUGACGAUUCAACACCUCCCGCCUCAGCGGCCAACAUCCGCAUCGCCAUUGAUCGCGGCGGCACUUUCACAGACGUCCACGCCUCCGUGCCCGGCCGCCCCGACAUCAUCCUCAAGCUUCUCUCCGAAGACCCUUCCAACUACAAGGAUGCUCCCACCGAAGGCAUCCGCCGCAUCCUGGAGCAGGUCACCGGGGACUCCCACCCGCGCGGUUCGCCGCUUGACUUGAGCCACAUCGAGCACAUCCGUAUGGGCACCACCGUCGGCACAAACGCCCUCCUAGAACGCAAGGGAGCCCGCUCUGCUCUGCUGGUUACCAAAGGCUUCCGGGACCUGCUCAAGAUUGGUAACCAGACCCGGCCCAACAUCUUUGACUUGACUGCCAAGAGACCCAGCCUGCUGCACGAGGUGACAGUCGAGGUGGAUGAGAGAGUCACCCUUGAGGCUUACACGGAGAAUGCAACCCCCCAAGACAUUGAAGUGUCGAGCGAUGGUGAGCUGUGCUUGGGCGUCACAGGAGAAGUUGUCCGCGUGUUGCGCAAACCCGACAUGGGUGCUGUCCAGACCGAGUUGCAGAAGAUCUGGGAUAUGGGCAUUCGCUCGCUGUCCGUCGUAUUUUUGCACUCAUACCUCUACCCCGACCAUGAGCGGCUCGUGGGUGAAGCUGCCCGGAAGAUUGGCUUCUCCGUCGUCGAGUCUUCGGCACUGCAGCCCAUGAUCAAAGUCGUCCCUCGCGGCAUGUCCGCCACAGCCGACGCAUACCUCACCCCAACCAUCAAGAAGUACAUCGACUCCGUCUCCAGCAACUUCACUGGCGGCCUGGGAUCUGCCGGCUCACGGUGCGAGUUCAUGCAGUCGGACGGCGGUCUGGUUGACUUCCGCAAGUUUAGCGGCUUGAAGAGCAUUCUGUCCGGCCCGGCCGGUGGCGUCGUGGGUUAUGCGCAAACCACCUGGGACGACGAGGAGAAGAAGCCCGUCAUUGGCUUCGAUAUGGGAGGCACCUCUACCGACUGCUCGCGAUUUUCCGGCACCUAUGAUCAUGUGUUUGAGACCACAACUGCCGGAAUCUCCAUCCAGUCUCCCCAACUGGAUAUUAACACAGUCGCUGCAGGCGGCGGUUCCAUGCUAUUCUGGAGAGGAGGUCUCUUUGUGGUCGGGCCUGAGUCCGCCGGUGCGCACCCUGGUCCAGCCUGCUAUCGCAAGGGCGGCCCUCUUACCGUUACUGAUGCGAACCUGUUCCUCGGUCGUAUCAAGCCCGAGUACUUCCCCAAGAUCUUUGGCCCCAACGAAGACGAGCCCCUGGGACUGGAGAUUACCACUAAGAAGUUUGAGGAGUUGACCGCCAAGAUCAAUACCGAUAACCGAGCAGAUGGCAAGGCAGAGCUUUCGGCUCAGGCUGUUGCUCUUGGAUUCCUCCGUGUUGCGGACGAGGUCAUGGCCCGGCCUAUUCGUGCCUUGACUGAGGCUCGAGGCUACGAUACAUCUGAUCAUCUCCUGGCAUGCUUCGGAGGUGCUGGUGGACAGCACGCCUGCUCCCUAGCUAAGGCUCUUUCCAUCUCACGAGUUGUUGUCCACAAGUUUUCGUCAAUUCUCUCGGCGUAUGGUCUCUCGCUGGCGGACGUGGUGCACGAGGCACAACGCCCAGGUGCCAUUGCGUACGGAGAGUCUACCAAGAAGGAGACCGAGGCCAUACUCGAGGAGCUCGCAAAAGAGGCCACCGAACAGCUUGUUAGCCAAGGCAUCCCUGAGGACCAAGUUCGCUAUGAACGAUACCUCAAUCUCCGAUACGAAGGCUCAGCGACUUCUUUCAUGAUUCUCAAGGAGGGAGAGGGCGGAGAGGAGAGCGAUUUCCAAGCUCUGUUCGAGAAGCGGCACAUGCGAGAGUUUGGCUUCAAGUCUCCUGGAAAGAAGCUCUUGAUCGACGACUUCCGAGUCCGAGGCGUUGGUUCUGCCGCGUCGCACCAGGGAGAGAGUCCCUAUGUGCAACUCAAGAAGGUCACUCGAGUUGCUCCCCCAUCUCGCAAGGAGACUGCGCAGGUGUGCUUUGAUGCGUCGGCCGGCCGCGUUGACACUCCCGUCUAUAUUCUUAGCGAAUUAGCUGCCGGUGUUCAGAUCACCGGCCCUGCUCUCAUCCUGGAUAAGACGCUCACCAUCCUCGUUGUCCCCGGCGGUACCGCAACUAUUACCGACAGCUGCGUUGUGAUAGACCUUGAGACUAGUGCCGCUUCUGGGACAACACCAGAGAAGGCCGUUGAGUCUAAAAAGGAGGUUUCGCCGAUUCAACUCUCCAUCUUUGGACACCGCUUCAUGUCCAUCGCGGAGCAAAUGGGACGCACCCUGCAGAAGACUGCCGUUUCUACUAACAUCAAGGAGCGCCUUGACUUCUCCUGCGCUCUUUUCUCCCCUGAUGGCGGUCUCGUUGCCAACGCACCGCAUGUGCCCGUUCACUUGGGGUCCAUGCAGUUUGCUGUCAAGUACCAACACAACCGAUGGAAGGGUCAACUUCAGGACGGAGACGUUCUCGUGUCAAAUCACCCGUCCUGUGGCGGCACGCAUUUGCCCGAUAUUACAGUCAUCACUCCUGUUUUUGAUGACAGAGGCGACAUUGUGUUCUAUGUGGCGUCGCGUGGUCACCAUGCAGACAUUGGUGGACUGCUGCCGGGAUCUAUGCCUCCUUCAUCCAAGACCCUUGCGGAAGAGGGAGCCGCUAUUGAGGCGGAGAAGCUGGUCACUCAGGGAGUCUUCAACGAGGAGCGGAUUACCGAGUUGCUGCUUGUCGAGCCUGCGAAGCAUCCUGGUUGCUCAGGCACGCGCUGCCUGGCCGACAACCUCUUCGACCUCAAGGCCCAGGUUGCGGCGAACAAUAAGGGUGUACACCUUGUGCGCGCACUCAUCGAAGAGAGUGGCCUCGAGACUGUCCAGACUUAUAUGUACGCCAUCCAAGAGACUGCGGAGCGAUCUGUGCGGGAGCUUUUGCAGAGGGUUCGCGAGCGAUCAUCAGGCGCGGCGUUGAAGGCGGUUGACUACAUGGAUGACGGUUCGUGCAUCUCCCUGGCCGUUACCAUCUCCGAGGAUGGCUCUGCUACGUUUGACUUCAGCGGUACUGGACCCGAGGUUUACGGAAACACGAAUGCGCCAGUAGCCAUCACACACUCUGCCAUCAUCUACUCUCUGCGGUGCCUCAUCCAGUCCGACGUUCCUCUCAACCAGGGAUGCCUGUCCCCGAUCACCAUCAACAUCCCUCCUUCCUCGCUGCUGGCACCGUCCAAGACAGCCAGCGUCGUGGGCGGGAACGUGCUCACGUCGCAGCGCAUCACGGAUGUAAUCCUCAAGGCAUUCCAGGCAUGCGCAGAUAGCCAAGGAUGCAUGAACAACCUCACGUUCGGCAAGGGCGGCAAGGAUGCAUCUGGCAACCACGUCCCCGGGUUCGGAUACUACGAGACCAUCGGCGGCGGCUCGGGAGCGGGCCCAACGUGGGAGGGCGAGAGCGGUGUUCACACGCACAUGACCAACACGCGCAUCACGGACCCGGAGGUAUUCGAGAAGCGAUACCCAUGCCUGCUGCACCGGUUUGGGAUCCGCAAAGGGUCCGGAGGCCGCGGGGCUCAGACGGGAGGAGACGGCAUCGUACGAGACAUCGAGUUCCGCGAGGACGGCAUCAAAGUGAGCCUGCUGACGGAGCGACGAUCCAGGGCGCCUCGGGGAGGGAAUGGCGGCGAGGACGGCAGCAUGGGCAAGAACAUGCUGGUGACCCGAGAUGAAGAGGGAGCGGCCAAGAUCAUCAGCCUCGGCGGCAAGGCAACGGUGGAAGUGGGCAAGGGAGACCGCGUGGUGAUCGAGACUCCCGGAGGCGGAGGUUGGGGUUCCAAGACAGAGUGAGCAUCACUGCGAGUGUGUAUCAGCGUGAGGAUGAAGAUGGGAAUAAGAGAGGCCGAGAGCCAGAGACAAAAGAGUUAGAACUGUGAAUGAUGAGGAUGAUGAUGUCGGAGAAUAGAUGUGCUGCAGGGUCGAAUACACAACCACAGGGAGGCCAUGGCGACGUCGAGGGCUAUUCCAAAGGCACACCCCAUCUGGUCAUGAUGUACUGUACUGUUCAAUUCGCUGCGAUUAGAUAGGAAUGAUUGGCAAUCAGCAAGAUCUGAGACUAUUAAGAAGAAAUGAAU